AUGAGCAAUCUUUCCCUUCAACCUACCAAGCAGACGUCCUACAAAGCAAAACAAGCAUCUCUGUCUGCCAGGCCUCCACCUUCGAAACCAGUAGCAUCAUAUCAAAAAUCAAGUAAUUCCUAUCAAGGCGAUCUUCAAAGGUCGCCACAUACAUCCAUACCUACAGGUGAUCACUCCUCCAAAGCCGGGCAGCAGACCUACCGCCAGCCAGAGCAGAUAUCCCAUUCAGACCGUACCUCAACAUCAUCAACAACACAUCCAAAAUCAGGCAGUCCUGGCCUAAACGUGGCAAAGUCAGCUCACCGAGUACGUAAAGGCUUAGAUAUUUCCGAUGCUGAUAAUUAUCCCGCCCAACUUCGGAGACAAAAUGAAGCUCUCUAUCAAUUGCAAGAGUCCUGCGGGAUGGAUCCUGGAAACGCUGGCCAAGUGCAACAACCAGCCCAGAAGCAAAGACGUCGCCAUGGUAAAGGCAAAAGCAAACACAAUGGAAAAGACCGCUGUUUCAUUUUGUGA